UUGAUCGAGAUAUGAGAGGUAAAGCGGUGAGUAGUUCUAAUUGAAUGCAUUUUAGUUCGUUUGACCUCGAUGGUGAUGAAAGGAAUAAAAGAGAAUAACAUCAAGUAGCGCGGAAAGAAAGAAGAAUCACUUUUGUUUUGUUUUGUUUAUUUAUUUUUGUUGUUGGAAACAAAGAAAUAUGGACUCGGGCGAGUAUUCGAAAGGCGAACCCAUGGACACGACGGACGAAGAAAUGAAAUUACCUGAAACGGGCAGAACGCACAUAAGGCAGAUGCAGUUCCCUGGAAAACAACAGAUUCUCACCAAGCCCCCCUACCCAAAGAACAAACAACAAAUUCAGAAAUCCACCAUGUCACAAAUGCAGGAGGGCAAUCCAACGUCACCUUUGUUAAGCCCAAUGGAUGUAUACAGGAACAGCAUAUCGGAAGUGCACAACGCACACAAGCAUCCUCCCAACAAAACAAUGACAGAGCAGAGCAGUGGGUUGAAACAUAUUAUGAUGGAACAUUGCUAUGCUAGGCCGUACAAUUGGAAGUCAGAGUCUAACUUCUUGAGACCCACAAAGACGCUGUUUGUGCCGCAGAGGAAGAAGAAAAGUGUCAGAGAAUCGGAGGAGGAAAUCGACGUGGAGAGUGACCCGCAAGAGACGCCUUUAAUUUACGAUGUGGGCAAAGGCAAACGCUUGAUGGAGGAGUGCGAGAGGCACGCGAAAUUCUCGAGGAACGACGAAGACGUCGACGAUUGGGAGGAGAAAAUUGAACGUAUAUCGUGGAGCAGCAGUCAGAAUCAGAUGUUCGGUGUGAUGGUGAAUAUUUUGAACAGCGAUAGGAUGUCCCGAUUGGCGUACACGAACACUCACAAUGAACCGAUCCUGAGGAGGACUACCGUCGAGAAGUCGGUGAAACGCUUCAGACAGUUGAUGGCGAAAUACUCGUGGGACAUAAAGUUGGCGCAAUGGCUGCAUCAACUGCUCAUCGAGAAUUUGGGCACCUCGUAUUUGGCCGCCUACCUGGAUAUACUGCAAACGUUGAAGCACAAGCUUCCAAUGUUUGUGGAUAAAAUGCUGUUCGGACCUAACGUCCACAAUAAGACUGGACCUUUGAGCACUGAGGGUCUGUUUCCAUUGCUGAAGAGGCCCUGGGAUCCGGUGGCGGCCAGCUUGAACAUAGACAAGCCCAAGAAACUGACGGGGAAUCCGAUUAUAAUUAUUGUACCUAGCGCCCCGUCAACAACGGCCGCUAUGUACUCGAGACGAUUGCAUAGAUGGAACAACUUGUUCUCAAAUUUGGCUACAGUCUGCACAGUGUACAAUAACAUAGGAGCGGCCGGUCAUAAACAUACCAUGAUGAAUUGUGUCGACCAAAUGUUCGCUGCGACCAGGGCGAAAAUACAGGAAAUCAAGACGGAAUUCCCGAACAGGCCGAUCGUUUUAGCGGGUUUCAAUACUGGAGCAGCUUUGGCUUUGCAGGUAGCACAAGUCGAGGUGGUCUUGUGCAUUCUAUGCUUAGGUUUUUCCAUUCAUACCGCUGAAGGUAACAGAGGCGACACCGAUGAUAACCUUCUGGAGCUGCAAUGCCCUGCACUGUUCGUCAUAGGACAGUGUUCCAAUACCGCACUACAGGAGCAUAUGGAAGACAUCAGAGAAAGAAUGCGCGUGGAAACUGGUCUGUUGGUAGUAGGAUCUGCCGAUGAUUACCUGCGGAUUUCGAAGAAAAAGAAACGAGCUGAGGGAAUUACCCAAAGUAUAGUGGAUAGGUGUAUUGUCGAUGAAUUGGGCGAGUUUAUAAGCGGUUUGCUGUUGUCUCCGUAUCCGCCGCAGAUUCGGCAAUCUCCGGCGCACGUCCCGCCUGAAAUGAUAAAGAGGAGCAAGAUGGAGAGGAAGCGGAACAACUCGAACGGAAGUUCUUUGGACAGCGAACCUCCGUCGCCCACGCCCCGGAUCAGUAGACCAGGUCAAUGUUUAUCCCCUGUUCUUGGAAGACCGCCCGGCUCCAAAUCGAAGACUAGACUGGAAAAUAAAUGGCACGCUAUGCAACAAGGUAUUCCCACGACAUCAUCAUCAAAACCGAACACACCCGAACCGGACCCACCCAAAACACCUACACACAUCCCCAUCAAAUCUAACCAAAUAACAACAAAAUCACCUCUAUCACCUAUAUCUGCCAAGUUACACGCCAUGGGUAUAUCCACGAGGAACAUCUACCAAGGAGGAAGCACUCUUUCCAAUUUACUGCAAGGAACAGGCGGUGUUCGAACCAUACCUCCCAAUCCAACGACUAAACAGAUCAAAGUAUUGGAGAACCUAACCAUUCAAUCUGGUCCAGGUAAAUUGAUCAGCCGAAACCAGGAUAUAACGUCGCUCAAGAUGUUCAACGCCAACAAACUGAAUCUGAGUAGUAACUAUGGUAACGUAAUGCUCAUGCCCGACGGGAAGAUCAAGAGGAGCGAUCCCGGCAUUCGAGGUACCAAUACAUCAACUUUAAUCUAUCCAAAGAGCAAAAUAGUCCAAGCAAACACACCACACACAACAACUUCCAUCGCAAAGUCAAGUUUGACUAAAUAUAUAACGUCCAAGAAACAGCUGCUCGCCAACAAGAACAAGAUGGUAAAGAAGCUGCCACCUUACAUAACGACGACCGGGAUGUCGCAGCAGUCGUUGCCGCCGCCCACGAAUUUGACGUCUCAAGAUAUUAUGGACUUACCGAUUAUCUUCGCUGAUGAUAACCAAAUGUUGACCAACAACACGAUGCAGCCGAGUGACACGCCUCCAGCACAGAUACUGCAGACGACGACCACGACGACGCCGCAAAUAAAAACCACCUCAAGCGGAAAAUUGCUGUUCCUCAACAAGAGCGGUGGUAGCGGUGUUUACGCGCAGAACAUCCUCAAGAGGCCGGCGCCGAGCAACCCUAAACCGAAUCCUAUAAAGUAUGCCAAAAUUAUUCUGUCGAAAGCGCCUACCAGCAUCGAGGAGACCAGGAAAGCGGUGAAGAACAUACCUACGGCGAUCACGAUGAAGGCGGAGAAUGUGUCGGCCUCCUCGUCGUCCAUGGAUUUCGAUUUAGAGAACGAGCUCGUCGCCACAGCCAUCUCCAAAUCAAAUUUCGUACCGAGCGAGAAGAAAGUCGACGAAUCCAUGGACUUCACGGCUUUCGGCGAUCUGCACUAAUUCUUUACUUGUAGAUUUAAAUGUUAUUUUUUUAUUAUUAUUAUCUUUUCGUUACAUUUAGAUAAUCUAAAACUUUGAA